AUGUCCUGCCAGCAGAACCAGCAGCAGUGCCAGCCCCCUCCCAAGUGCCCUCCAAAGUGCACCCCAAAGUGCACCCCAUGCCCUCCAAAAUGUCCUCCAAAGUGCCCACCCCAGUGUCCAGCCCCUUGCCCCCCUCCAGUGUCUUCCUGCUGUGGCCCCAGCUCCGGGGGCUGCUGUCUGACCCACCACAGGCCCCAUCUCUUCCACCGGCGCCGGCACCAGAGCCCCGACUGCUGUGAGUGUGAGCCCUCCGGGGGCUCUGACUGCUGCCACGGCUCUGGGGGCUGCUGCUGA